AGCAUCCGCUACCCCACAUAGAUUGGUGACAUUCACUUCUAUGCUUACACACUCUUUCAGCUGGUCUGAAUCGCCUUAGUAUGUUGCUAUGACUAUCGAAACUCUGGUAGUACGUAGCUAUGUCGCUCCUUCAUGAUGAGGACUUCGUCGUCUACCAGCUCCGCUCCUCCUAUCUCUCUCUGAUCAAGGAUGGCGUUGGCGAGCGCCUUAUCAAUGUCAACACUUCCGUCCUAAAUAACCCGGCCUUUCGUGCUGCUGGUUGGAUCCCGAAUGCUGCGGACAUCAAGCGGACGUACUCUCCACCUAUUCCUACCGCGAUCACUUCGGAAUACUUCCAGGCGCCUCGCUCGGCUGCUCUGAAAGCGCCCGAAGGGUUUGGUGAUGAGGAGGAAGAAGGGGGCAUGGUGACUGGGGGAGGGAGCAAUGAUACGGUUGGGCCUACACUGAAUACGCGGCGACGGCGGAGAAAGGAACAACUGGAGGAGGAAGACAGCAGUGAUCUAAGCGAGGAGAGCGACGAAGAGGGCGAAGCUGCGCAGAGAGCGGCAACACAGAUCAAGUUCACAAAGAUGCCACUUCGCACUCGUGCUGGCUCGUCUCCAAUUCGAGGAUCAGCUUUACGCACGGAGAUCACAGGUGCAGAAGGCCCGUCGGUGCUGGUCACAUCUCCUUCAAAGCCUCCGGAUGGUCGCCUACGUAGAGGUUCCCUGGGAACCAUAGAGACUAUCAAGGAGCGUGCGAGGCGAGACACCGUUACCAGUAGCGAGAUGUCUUCGGACAACGAGCUUGACAACGCCAUGUUCCAGAAGAAGAGGGUCAAUCCCCUCAGAACUGCUCAGGGUAGCCAUCUCCUGGCGCAACGGAUCUCCGAAGAUGAAAGGGAGAAAUUGGAAGCCCUUGACGAAGUUCAUGAAUCAGACAGCUCUCUUUCCUCCGCAUUCUCCGGCUCCCCAGAAUCCCUCCUCGCGGAAGGCAACGCCCUCGAAUCCUCCCCUCCGACCUCCCAGAUGCCGCCCUUCACUCAAACCUCGCCCAAGAAACAGUCCAAACAACCUGGACCGACUCUGCAAGCGCUCCCUCCUCCCCGUCCCAUCAGCUUCAUGCCUCCCGUCAGCGCCCUCACCCAAGCCCUGAAGGCGAAAGAGCAAAAACCCACAAACCCCCUGCAACGCUUCGCCGCGCUAUCCGCCACCUCCGAAGCCCAAGUCAACCCCAUCUACAUCCGAAUCUACUGUCCCUUCUCCACCAAACCCUCCAAACCCCUUGAACUUCUCCUCGUCAAAUUCGACGACCAUGGCGACGCCGUCACCGUCUCCGAAGCCAUCGGCUUCGCACUCUGGAGGUACCAGGAAGAGAAAUUUGAACCCCCCUUAUCGCAGGACAAGUGCAAUGUCAACUCGUGGGUCCUGCGCAUGUACGACGACGGCGAAGUUGACGAGGAGUUCCCUCCUCUAACCAGGAACAAACCCAUCAUCGACUUCGCCUCCAACAACAAACGUGGUAUGCGCCCGCGCGCCAGAGAAAAGCCCUGGGACGAAUUCGCCCUCGUGGAAGCCACCGAGCGCGAAAUGGCCGAGAAUGAGAAACUCACACCCAGAUAUAACCGUGAGGCGGCCGCCGCUCUGGCAAGUAGCCAGCAGCAGGAGGAGUCUUCUCAACAACAGCCCAAACCGCCUUCAAGUCCCACAGCCGACCGCAAGCAACCGCCCAAUUCCACGAGAGCCAUGCGCGCCAAAUCGUUCCGCAACCCCAUCACGGGCCCCAGCUUCGCGCCCACUGCGACGAGGAAAGACACCAGCACUCUAGCCGACGCUCCUUUGGUGCCGAGCACGCACGCCGCCUCUCGCAUGGGGGCCCCGAGAACAAUCACGGUGCACUUCACCGACGAGAACUUCUACACAAGCCACUUUCCCAUACAGUGCACGACGGACACCUACAUUGCCGAGCUCCUGGACAAAGCGUGCCGGGACUUUGGGCUGGACAAAGCGCUCUAUGUCCUCAAAGUCAGCAAUUCGACGACGGUCGCGCCCAUCGACCGGACCGUCGAGGCGCUGGGCACCCGCACCGAUCUCGACCUCAUCCGGCGCCGCUUCAUGGGCGACGGCAUCUUCGGCCUGGCCGGUAGUCCCGGCUCCUCGUCGCCCAACGCGCCCCUGAUCAUCUCCACGGGCGGCGCGACCAAGAAGGCGAAGAAGGGCGAGCGCGCCGCCGCCGCCGCGCUGAGCGGCCACGCCUUACUCAACGUGCACACGCACCCGCUGGCGACGGUGAAUUCGUCCGUGGGCGCCGGCGGGGGCGGACCUCUGGGCAACCACGCGUAUUACCGCCGGUACAACGUGCUGCGCAAGCAACCCAUGUCGUUUGCCAGCUCGACGAGCCGCAUCCUCGCGCUGGAUUCCGAGUACAUGCACAUCAUGCCGGGGGAGUCGGUCACGACGCAUACGCUGAUGAAUAAUCUCCAUGGUGCGGCAGGGGGGCAUAAUCAGCAGCAGCAGCAUCACCAGCACCAUGCGUCCAAGACGACGACGGUGCAUUUCUCGAGUAUUGUGGGGUCCAAGGUGUCGAAGAAGCAUCCGAGGAUGUUUCGCGUUGUGGUGUUCAAGGAGAGGGAGACGAAGAGGUAUGAUUUUGAGGCGCAGACGAGGGAGGAGGCGAGUGAGAUUGUCGAGGAGAUUAAGAGGGGGGUCGAGAGGUUUCAGGAGGGUGUGGUGUAGAAGAAAUAGGAAAGGGGGCUUGGGAAAAGAGAAACGCGCGGGGAUGCGAACAAUCCGUCCGGGUUGUGGGGUAAGAACGGGUGGGGAAGUUUGGUGCUUGUUUGUCUUGUCUGGCGGGCUGGGUUUCACUCCUCCAGGCUUCGUUUUUUCUUUUCCGUUCGGCGGCAUGUGUUCGGAGGCUUUCUGGUUUUCGGUUGCUGGGUUAUUCGUGCUGCUGCGUUCCCUUUUCUUUCUUUGCAAGGCGCAAGGGUCGCGGUAUCAGGUUAGGCCUACUACGGGGGACAUCAUCUUAUAGGGAGUGGUUAUCCAAACCAUAUUUUUUUUUUCUCCCC